AUGCCAGCACCGGGCACGGGGGACACCGUCACAUGGGAACCAGGGACCCCGGCACAUGGGGACCGGGCACACCGGUUGAGAAGUCACACUCCGUCCUACUGCGACGAGUCCCUCUUUGGUGCCAAGCCUGAGGGUCCGGCCUGGGCAGCCCCUCGGAUGAGGAAGGAAGACGUAGCCAAGCUCCAUCCGCUGCUCUGGAGCCCUCCGCCCGGCCCCCGAAACCAGCCCAGCCUUUCUCCCGGCUCCAGGGAGACGCCCUUGAGAGCCGUCCACCCGCGAACCCUUGUGUCUCCGGCAACAGCAGGCUUUGAGGUGGGCGGUAAGGACAAGUCCUGUCUCUGGAAGCGUCCUGAGAGCGAUUUGGGCUCCGAAGGCCGAGGUGCUCCCGGCAGAGGACGUUCCCAGUCCCUGAGCCGGCCGAACACCUCCUCAGACAGGCUCCGACUGGCUUCAGGCAACCCCAGGACAGAAAGGUGUAAAAACCAGAGCCCUCCGACAGCCCCUGUGACCCCCCGAGGCCCUCUGAUGAGGGGUCGAUCGAAAAGCAUGUCCGGGCCUUCCUUGGCCAUGAACUCCAAGGCAGUGGGUGGCUGCAAACCCAGGCCUCCCUGGAAGUGAAGCCAAACGUCCCCCUGGACGUAAAUACAGCCUUAUCCUACCUGAGGUGGGGCCUGACCUGGUGAGCAAGUCCCUGAGGACCCUGGGGCCUCCCGUGGCUGCGAACGAAGGACGGGGCUGCUCCACAUGGGAGGAUGAGCCGGGAACCGAGGGUGGCCGCAGCACCGGAGCGGGACGGGACAGCCUUGGUGGUAACAGCAGCUUCCAUUGACUGUCCGGUGGUCGUCAGAUGAGGAACGGUAACGAGUCAGGUUCCUUCUGUCCCGGAAGUCCAGCCGGAGAAGUCAGAACAGCAGGAGACAGGACUGCCUACAGCAUAGGUCCAGGGCCCAUCCAGGAGAAGGACCAGGCACAGGUACUGGGAGGCUGCUCUGAGUCCCCCCAAAACCCUCCCUUCUCCAGGCUGAACAAGC